AUGCUUUCCCUUCGUACACUUGCUCGCGCUGCUCCGCGCAUCUCGCGCUCUGUCACUCGCAUGCCUCUGUGCUCAACAGUGAUUGCUCGUCCGGCUGUUGCGCAGUCAUGGAAGCAGACCGUCAAGCCUGCAUACGCUGCUUUUUCAACCGCUAAUGUCUUCCGUGAACCCGCUGGUGAGGGUGACAUCGAGCUCAUCGCCAAGCUUGAGGAAGAAUUGAAGCACGAGAAGGCUUCCGGCCAGGAGGAUGCCCGAGAGCAGCAAGCGAGUAUCGACUACACUCUGGAGGCUGGCCAGUGGCAGGUCAAGGAUGUGGAGGGUGAACAGGAGGUGGUCCUUACCAAGACCUUUGGCAAUGAGACUAUUCGUGUCACGUUCACCGUGGCUGAUAUCAACAACCUCGCUGAAGACCCGAUGGACGACCUUACCGACGACGCUCUUGCCGAUGAAGGCGACUACCAAAACAAGCCUGCCGAGAACGAGGACGAGGCCCUCCCCCCAACCUUCCCUGCCCGCGUCAAUGUCACCAUUGAGAAGCCCAACAAUGGUGCUCUCUUGGUCCAGGCCGUCAUUCAGGACGGCGACCUCCAGAUUGAAGAAAUUUCCCACUUCAAAAAUGCCGACAUCGCCAAUGCACAGACUGCUGAGAAGGAUUGGUCGCGUCAGAGCUUCUAUGCUGGCCCUCCUGCCGAGAAUCUCGACCCCGAGCUUCUUGCUUUCUGGGGUCGCUACCUUGAGGAGCGUGGCCUGAACCUUGAGUUCCAGAACAUGGUCACCGACUACAUUGCCUUCAAGGAGCAGAAGGAGUAUGUUCGCUGGUUGGACAAUGUGCGCAAGUUUGUUGCCGCUUAA